AUGCGUGUGAAUCUUAGAAAACUGAUACUGGCCAUCAGUAUAGCACUAUUCUUAUGGCUUCUGAUAUCAUAUUCGUCAGUUAUAGAAGUGCCAAGGGCGAUUAGCAGGAGGGCAAGUGCCAUAGAAAUAGAGAAUAAAAUAUAUAAUUUAGAGAAACAAAUGGAGGAGCAGCUAGCAGACAGUAAUCUUCUUCUACAAAAGGUGAAACAACAAAUAAAGAAAGAAGAUGAUAUUUUGGAGGAUGGUAAUGAUGGAGGCGAAGAAAAAGACAUUCAUUCAUCACAGAAUGUUCGAACGCCAGUGCUACCAGUGUUGGUGAUAGCCUGCGAUAGGAUCACAGUGAAGAGAUGUCUCAACAAUUUGGUUAAGUUCAGACCGAGUAAGGAGACAUUCCCCAUCAUUGUGAGCCAGGACUGCGGCCACAAACCUACAUACCAAGUAAUCAAAUCAUUUACAGCAGUGGAUCCUAGUAUCACAAUAAUUCAGCAGCCGGACCUCUCAGAAAUAGCCCUGUCGAAAGCUUCGGAGCUCAAAUUAAAAGGAUACUACAAAAUUGCCAGGCAUUUCAAGUUUGCGCUGUCGUAUGUGUUCGAAACUCUCGGUCACGAAGCUGUGAUAAUAGUUGAAGAUGACCUCGAUAUAUCGCCAGAUUUCUUCGAGUACUUCCUCGGCACAUACCCUCUGCUCGUCAAGGACAGUUCAUUGUGGUGUAUAUCAGCUUGGAACGACAACGGCAAGAAAGAUGUAAUAGAUAUAUCUCACCCAGAGCUGUUACACCGAACAGAUUUCUUCCCUGGAUUGGGAUGGAUGCUGCGCAGGGAAUUUUGGAUGAAACUCGCUCCUAAAUGGCCCGCAGCGUUCUUCGAUGACUGGCUUAGAAAUCCCGAGAAUAUUGAAGGUAAAUCCUGUAUAAGACCUGAAAUUUCCAGAACAUAUUCCUUUGGAAAGGUUGGUGUUAGUAAAGGGUUGUUCUUCGACCUACAUUUACGAAAUAUACAACUGAAUCAAGAAUUCGUAGAGUUCACCAAGUUGAACCUCACUUAUUUAUUGAAGGAAAACUACGACGCACAAUUAUCAAGAACAAUAAGCUCAUUGCCAGAAAUGACUGCGGUGGAGGUAAUGGCCUCUUUUGAAAGUGCCAAAGCCGUCAAAGUGUCGUAUUAUAACGCUAAGAGUUACCAAAUGGCCGCCAAGAAGCUGGGUCUCAUGGACGAUUUUAGAAGCGGUGUGCCCCGUACGGCCUACCGCGGUGUGGUCUCCUGCUUCGUUCGCGGCAAACGCGUGUACCUCACACCUGACUUCCAGUGGAUCAAAUACGAUCGCAAAUGGGGCUAA